CGUUAAUGUCGUCAUUUUCCCGCCAGUGUCUUUGUAACCGCUACCAAGCAUGGAUCACCUUCAAAGACAAUUGAGUAAUAUUUCGCUCUCAGGUGAUCAAGAUGUUCUCUCCACUUUGCAAGAUGAAGAUGUGCCUAAGCUUCUGUUCCUCUCUGUUGACCCGAGCAGAAUGACCAAGACCCAGCGGUAUGCCGACCUCUCUGGAGCGAACGAUGCCCUCGGUGCGUCUCAGGGCGUGGGGGGCAUCUUUGCUGAUUCCGAAAGUUCGUCGAAUUUAAGAUUACUUGAGAAAUUCAAGAGGUGUUUGGCUGAGAAACGGAUCACGCCCCUGAGACGCGAGUUGCAGUGCCGUCUGUUGUCUCUCUCCUGCGUGAAGCCAGACUCCAACUCCCGCAGUACACUCGAGAGUAACUUUUCCGAUGAGAGUAACGUGCUCAACGACGGCGAGGAGGACAUCCUAAGAUUCACCGAGCUCCUUGAGGUGUUCCGCUUGCCCGUCCCGACGGAGAUCAGGGAGAACUUUGAGUGCAUUAUCUCGUCCAAGAAGAUUCCUCUGACGGUGGGUCCUGAGAAGAGCGAGGGGAGCACGUUCUUCGUGGAGCCGGGGUGCACGGUCAUCGCGGAGGUAGGGGACAGCCUCUCGCCUUCGGAUGUGUUCCAGCUCUACGAGAUUCUGUCCGGCACGGCCCGGGGCGACGAGAAGGCAAGGGAACUCCUGUCUCCCGAGCUAGAGCAGGAUGCCCUCGAAAAAGUACCAGGCUUGAAGGACGUGGCGUUCUACUAUCUCGUCCUUGAGAUGCUGAGGAAGGAAAUGAUAAACCGCUUGUAUACGCACAAGCUCCACUUCCUGUUCGACCAGCUGAAGAAGAUGAAGUUCGGAGAAGGAGCCGAAGACCCGCACAUCGACGGCAUUCUGACCACCCUCGGCCGCUACCCCAUUGCCUCGAGGUCCCCUGGUCUGUGCCUCGUGUUCCUCAUGACGGAGGGGCGAAGGGGGGCGUCGCAGGACCUCGCGAAGGUCAGGGAGCUAUUUGAGAAGCAGUACAAGUACGCCUUCUUCGUGAAAAAUGACCCCACGGCCGAGGAGAUCAAGUCAAUCAUCAGCAAACUGAAGGCAGGGAGAUACAAAUACUACGACAGCCUGGUGGUGUGGUUCAUGGGACACGGAGACAAGACCUACCUGCACGUGAAGGACGGACGCAUCCACCGCCGUCUGGAGCUGAUCGAACCCGUCACGGAGAUCGAGUGGUACAUCAAGAAACCCAAGCUUUUCUUCAUCCAGGCCUGUGCCGUUAAGAAGGACCGCAGGAGAUUCUCUUCUACUUGUCAAGUAAAGGCAAUGCGAGCAAGCACAGACUCGCUCUCCGUUUCCUGGCGCGCGUCUGCUGGCUCUGAAUGGCAAGACAAGUACGCAGACUACACAGACAUGUCUCUCGUGAACUCCUUUGCAGACACGCUCAUCUCGUAUGCGACGAUGUGGUACCAGUAUGCAACCCGGGGAGAGGAGGGAUCCCUCUACGUGGACACCCUGGUGGACCAACUACGACAAUACGGUCAUAAGGAGAGUGUUGAAAACGUCCUUCAGCGAGUACACUACAACGUCAAUAUGGUUUCCCUUCUGCAUAGCGAAGAAGGGCAAGACAUAAAGUGGAAGCAGGCGCCUUUCUUUGAGUCCUCCCUCCAAAAGGUGUUCAUUUUCCCUAAACCAGAAGUGUAGAGGGAGAAAUAUGGAAAAUAUUUGAGUCCCUGGUAAAAUUUGGCAAAGUCCGACCCAAAGCAUAUUCAUGAUACAGACUUGAAUAUACACAGAAAUGUAUACAUAUCUAUCAGUUGAGACAUGCCUAUCUAUCACAUUGAUAGAUAAAUAAGUGUAAAUAUGUGAGACAGAUAGACAGAUAUGCAUUUAUUUCUGUGUAUAUGGAUGUCAUCAAAAUUGCCUCGGACAAUUUUAACAAACUGGCCGUACAAGUAUAUUAUCUGGUAUUAUUCAUGUAGUCGGUUUGUUAAAAUUGUGCACGGCCCAACGCAAUGAAUAUUCAUAUAUAGACACAUCCAUGUUUACAGAAAUGAAUGCACAUCUGUCUAUCUGUCUGAUAUAUAUACAUUUUUCUAUCUGUCUAUCCGGUAAAUAGACAUGUCUCAACUGACAGAUAUGAAUAUAUUUCUGCGUAUGUUCACGUCUGUGUAAUGAAUAUGGGUCAGACAUGCAAAUAAAUGCAUAUUUCUCUAUCUGAUAGAUAUGCAUUUAUUAAUCUAUUGAUCUAUUAAUCUCUCCGGUAUAUAUGCAUGUCUAGAUUGACAGAUAUACAUUGUUUUUGUGCAAAUGGGUGAAUAUUAAUCGGGUCGGGCCUCGCCAAUUUUAACAAAUAAAGCCGUUAGUGGUUGUUAGCAGUUGUGUUAGUUGUGAUUUGUUUACGUUUUUGUUGUGAGGUUUUUAAUUUAUUUGUUUUGAAUUGUUUAGGUUAGUUGUUAUAAACUUAUAUUUGUAUUUGUUGUGAACUGUUUAACUUAUUAUAAAUUGUUUAAUUUAUUUGUUUUUGAAUUGAUUAGUUUAUUUGUUAUAAACUGUUAAAUUUAUUUGUUUGGAACUGCUUAACUGUUAUGAAUUAUUUAAUUUAUUAUUUGUGAACUAGUUGCAUUAUUGACUAUGAAUUAUCUAUGCAAUUUCUUAUGCAAUUACACUUAUUUUUGUGUUUUUGCUUGAUUAUACCAAAGACUUCAGGAUUUUGAUAUACAAUUUGAAUCACCAAAAAUAAAUAGAUAAAUAAAAAUGAUCAGUGAU